ACUAUGCAGUUUUGAAAUGCAAAUAAAACUGAUUUUACAACAACACUGAAUUUCUAAGUCUUUUCCACCUUUAGCAAAAAAAAAUAAAAUCCAGUCUAUUAAAGCCUCAUUUGUUCUCCUGUAUGUUUUUGUUUCAUUUUCUUCUGCCGGCUGCCGACUUCCAGGCACACAACACCUACGCCGUGAUCUUUGCCUGCACCUGCGGAGUGAUCCUGGGCAUCGGUUUCUUCGCCAACCUCCUGGUCUUCUCGCUCUUCGCCAAGUACAACACGCUGAGAAAGAACCGCCUGGACGUCCUGCUGCUGAGCAUGGCCCUGGCGGACUUCCUGACGCUGCUGCUGAUCCCCUUCACGCUGCACUCCGCCGUCAGCUUCACCUGGCCCCUGGGGGACGUCUCCUGCAAGGUCUACCAGUUCCUGCUGGCCUUCCUGCUGGCCGCCAGCACCUACUCCCUGUGCGCCGUGUCCAUCGCCCGGGCCAUGAUCAUCACCAACCCCUACCAUCCGCCCACCAUGGACCUGGUGGUGCUGAUGUUCGUGCUGGUGUGGGCCCUCAGCUUCUUCAUCAGCCUGCCGCUGCGCAUCUUCGCCACCAAGGAGAGCCUGGGCUCGGGCGUGAACAACGUCAGCUUCUGCCUGCCCACCAUCCACGAGCACCACUACCAGGUGGUCCUCAGCCAGUUCGUGCUCUACUACUUCGUGCCCAUGCUCAUCAUCGCCGUCAACUACGUGCGCCUGACGCUCUCGCUGCACAAGAGCCCCGUGAUGUCGACGGCGAGCGCGCGGAACACUCGGCGGGCGUCGCUCAUGGUGUUCCUGGCGGCGGGGACCUUCUCCGUGUGCUGGUUGCCGGGGUAUGUGCUGGAGCUGUGCGUCUACCUGGGCCUGUACCGGCACGGGCAGCUGUGGGAGAUGUUCUACUUCGCCUGUACCGUGCUGCAGUACCUGCACCCCUGCGUCAACCCCAUGCUCUACGUGCUGCUGUCCAAACGCUACCGGCACGGCAGGAGAGGAGUGUGCCUGCUCAACUGCCACAGGGCCAGCAGGGUGCACCCCCAGAUCGUCAGCGUCACGGACAGUUUCAAUUAACCCCUUAAGACACGUCUUUAUAAAUGUGUUGUUACCUGCAUGGUAAU